AUGGCGGCGGCGGGCGGCGGCGCAGGAGGGAAGGUGUCCUUCAAGAUCAUCCUCACCUCCGACCCCAAGCUCCCUUUCAAAGUGUUCAGCGUGCCCGAGGCGGCGCCCUUCACCGCGGUGCUUAAGUACGCCGCAGAGGAGUUCAAGGUCCCGCCCCAGACCAGCGCCAUCAUCACCAACGAUGGAGUUGGCAUCAACCCCCAGCAAAGUGCAGGUUUUAGCCAGCCAUACCAUAUCCAUCCAUCCCUCUGCCGCCGCCGCCAGGGGAUGGGGAUGGCGACCGACAUGCAGAGUCUGGAUCAUAUCAAAACAGAGGCGAUUGAUCUGGAGAGCAUUCCUAUGGAAGAAGUGUUUAGCACCCUCAGAUGCAGUAAGGAAGGUCUUAGCUCUGGCGAGGUCCAGCAACGCACCGCUAUCUUUGGUCCCAAUAAAUUACAAGAAAAAAAGGAAAGUAAGGUAUUGAAGUUCUUAAUGUUUAUGUCGAACCCACUGUCGUGGGUGAUGGAGUUUGCUGCUCUGGUAGCCAUUGGGUUUGCCUACGGAGACGGCAGGCCACCGGACUGGCAAGAUUUCGUCGGCAUUAUAGUGCUCCUCGUCAUCAACUCCACCAUCUCAUUUAUCGAGGAGAACAACGCCGGGAGCGCCGCAGAGGCACUCAUGGCCAACCUUGCGCCCAAGACCAAGGUGCUGCGUGACGGGCGGUGGAGCGAGGAGGACGCGGCGGUCCUUGUCCCGGGUGACAUUAUCAGCAUCAAGCUCGGCGACAUCAUCCCAGCCGACGCUCGCUUGCUCGAGGGCGACGCGCUCAAGAUUGACCAGUCGGCGCUCACCGGCGAGUGUCUUCCGGUCACCAAGAACCCCGGCAACAGCGUCUACUCGGGCUCCACGUGCAAGCAGGGCGAGAUCGAGGCGAUCGUCAUCGCCACCGGUGUGCACACCUUCUUUGGGAGGGCGGCGCACCUCGUCGACAGCACCAACCAAGUCGGCCACUUCCAGCAGGUGCUCAAGGCGAUCGGCAACUUCUGCAUAGCCACCAUCGCCAUCGGCAUAUUCGUCGAGGUCGUCAUCAUGUACGCGGUCCAGCACCGCCGGUACCGUGAAGGCAUCGACAACAUCCUCGUGCUUCUGAUCGGUGGCAUACCGAUUGCCAUGCCUACUGUGCUCUCCGUCACCAUGGCAAUCGGCUCUCACAAGCUGUCAUUGCAGGGCGCUAUCACCAAGCGCAUGACCGCCAUCGAGGAGAUGGCCGGCAUGGAUGUGCUUUGCAGUGACAAGACUGGCACGCUCACCCUCAAUAAGCUCAGCGUUGAUCGUGGCCUUAUUGAGAUCUUUGCUGCGGACCUUGAAAAGGAUGAUGUUGUCUUGUUCGCCGCUAGGGCAUCUAGGGUGGAGAACCAGGACGCAAUCGACGCCGCCAUGGUUGGCAUGCUCGGUGACCCAAAGGAGGCUAAGGAAGGCAUUGAAGAGGUGCAUUUCUUCCCCUUCAACCCCGUCGACAAGCGAACUGCCCUCACAUAUAUUGAUCUCGCCGACGGCACCUGGCACCGUGUCAGCAAGGGCGCUCCCGAACAGAUGCUGGCCCUCUGCAACUGUGGAGAUGAUGUCAAGAACCUGGUUCACACUGUGAUCGACAAGUACGCCGAGCGUGGUCUUCGGUCUCUUGCAGUUGCAAGACAGCAAGUUCCGGAGAAGAGCAAAGAAAGCCUUGGAGAGCCAUGGGAAUUUGUGGGCCUGCUCCCUCUCCUGGACCCGCCGAGGUCAGAUAGUUCUGACACAAUCAAGCGUGCACUCGACCUCGGUGUCAACGUGAAGAUGAUCACUGGCGAUCAGCUCGCCAUUGCUAAGGAGACGGGGAGACGGCUAGGGAUGGGCACAAACAUGUAUCCAUCAUCGGCUCUGCUUGGGAAAAGCAAAGAUGAAGCCACUGCUUCAAUUCCUGUGGAAGACUUGAUCGAGAAGGCCGACGGCUUCGCCGGCGUCUUCCCAGAUAUAUGCGGUGUCAAUCACUAUCCGUAUUGUGCUUGGGUUUCUGCUAAUUGCGCUGAUAUGGAAAUUUGA